GCUUCCCAUUUCGACCGUCCGAAAGCAGCCGCCUGCCUCUCCAGCCUCCCCGGAAGCUGCCAAGAUGCCCCCAGGAACCCUGCUUCAGGCUGCCCUGGUGGUCUCUCUUUGGUUGGGGCUAGCGGAGGGCACCAACCCCGGCUUUGUGGGCAGGAUCACGGGCAAAGGCUUGGAUUAUGCUCGCCAGGAGGGCGUGGCGGCCUUGCAGAGGGAGUUGGCCAGGAUCAAACUGCCCGAUUUCUCUGGGUCCUUCAAAGUCAAGCACUUCGGUCAUAUCCAUUACCAUUUCUACAGUUUGAGCAUCAAGUCCUUCCAGCUGCCGAGCUCGACGAUCGCGCCCGUCCCGAACGUGGGCCUUAAAGUCUCCGUCACCGAUGCCUUCACCGAGGUCUUGGGGAAGUGGAAGGUGAAGAAGAAGCGGGUGCUAAGUGACCACGGCUCAUUUGACCUGAAGGUCGAGGGAAUCUCCAUCUCCGUGGGUUUGAGGCUGGGCAACGAUUCUGCCGGGAAGCCCACUGCUUCCACCUCUGAGUGCAGUGCCCACAUCGCCAAUCUCCGAGUGCACAUUUAUGGCAAGCGGAGCUGGUUGUACCAUCUCUUUACCAGCAAAAUUGAGUCCGCCUUCAGGAAGUCCAUGGAGGACCAGGUCUGCAAAGAGGUCUCCAGCUCUGUCAGCUCCGAACUAGAGCCCUAUCUGCAGACUCUGCCAGUCACGGCAAAGAUCGACCGGGUGUCCGGGAUCGACUACUCCCUCGUUGGUCCCCCUGUUGCCACAAGCGAUUGCCUGGAUCUGGAUCUGAAGGGUGAAUUCUUCUCCCUCGACCAUCGCUCUGCUGCUCCCUUCUCACCACCAGCCUUGUCUUUCCCCGUGGAUCAUGACCGCAUGCUUUACUUUGGCGUCUCCAGUUACCUCUUCAACACAGCCGGCUACGUCUACUACCAAGCGGGCGCUCUGACCUACGACAUCACGGAUGACAUGAUUCCCCGGGAGUCUAAACUGCGGCUGAACACUUCCUCUUUUGGAUCCUUGGUCCCACAGAUUGAAAAACUGUACCCCAACAUGCUCAUGAAACUCAAGGUCUCGCCUUCCUCUCCACCGUCUCUGGCCAUUGCUCCAGAAGGCCUCUCUCUUGCACCGACGGUGGACGUCCAAGCCUUCGCCAUCCUCCCCAACUCCUCCCUGGCUCCCCUGUUCGUGCUCGAUGUGGCAACCGCCAUUUCGGCCACGGCUGCUAUGGAGUCCAAUAAGAUUGUCGGGUCCCUGAAGGUUGGCAGUCUGCAGCUGUCCUUGAAGCACUCGGACGUGGGUCCCUUCUCGGUGCAAUUGAUGCAGGCUAUCACGAACUACUUUGCUGCCAAUGUCCUGGUCCCUCAAAUUAAUGAGCGACUGGCCCAGGGCUUCCCUCUCCCGCUCCCAGCUCACCUGCAGCUGUCCAACCCUGUCCUCCAACCCCGCCAGGAUUUUUUGUACUUUGGAACCGAUGUUCAUUACGGCUAGAGAAGACACCGAAGACAGUGAACGGAGCUGCAAAGACCAAAGGAAGCCCGUCCGUCUGUCCAUCCCGCUGCUGCUUGCUUUGGGGGCUUAAAUUGGAGGAUUCGUCUCCUGGACUCCUUGUUCUUAGCUGAUGGCAUCCUAUCAGAGCCAGAUUAACAAUUAGGCCUAGUAGGCACCGGUUUAUGGGCCCCCACGCCUUCAGGGGCCCCAGGCCAGCUUUCCCCUGGUUUCCCCCCUGCUUGCAGCCCUCCCAGCCUGCACACGCAGCCAGCAACUGGGCCGCUCUUUGCCCGACUUGCCUGGUGCAGCUGCUGCUGGCAUCAUUGCCAAGUUUGCCUCUCUCUGCCUCUCCCCCACAGCUUUGUCCAAGGGGCUUUUGAGAAGGUGGCUGCAGGCUGCAGCUGGGGCCGUGGGUGGUGGGGUGGGUGCUCAGACUUUGAGAUAAUUUGCAAGGGUACCCCAAGAUUUUGGCCGAUUGGGGGUCUCCACAGGGUUCCGGCACUGCAUUCUAUGCCUGCCCCUUUCCCCUGCCAAGCUCCCCCCACUCCGGUUUGGAGAGUUUUCCCUUGGGUGCCAAGACGUGUUUGCAAGCUGGACAGAAGAGACAAGCCAAUCCCCCUCCAAACAGAUUGUAUUUCUGGCUCUGGGAAUUGUGCGGCUGGGCGUGGGCUCUCUCAGCCGCUUCAUCUCAGUUGUUCACCGUUUUCAAGAUGUGCUGUUUGAAUUCCCAACACAAUGGCCUGGGAAUGGAAGCUGAGGGGCCCCUGUAGAGGAGAGCCGGUUUGUCGUGGAGAGCCGGUUUGGUGUAGUUGUUAAGUGUGCGGACUCUUAUCUGGGAGAACGGAGUUUGAUUCCCCCACUCCUCCACUUGCAGCUGCUGGAGUGGCCUUGGGUCAGCCAGAGCUUUUGUAAGAGUUGUCCUUGAAAGGGCAGCUGCUGGGAGAGCUCUCUCAGCCCCACCCAUCUCACAGGGUGUCUGUUGUGGGGGAAGGAAGGUAAAAGGAGAUUGUGAGCCGCUCUGAGACUCUGAGAUUCAGAAUGGAGGGUGGGAUAUAAACCUAAUAUCAUCCUCUUCCUCCUCUUCUUUUUCUUUUCUUCCUCCUCCUCUUCUUCUCCUCCUCCUCCUCCUCUGAUGUCGCCAAUCCUCCUGGAGCUUACAGUAGGCCCUCUACGAAGAACCCUGUAAGCUCCAGGAGACUUGGCUGAAUCAGGGGGUAUGGCCUAAUAUGCAAAGGAGUUCCUAACCCUGAAGAAUGCCAAAUCUGCGUGAAGACAGAAGAGGACAUGCACCUUCCCAGGAUAAGAUGAUAAUGCAGCUUAUAAAGAGUUAAAUUAAAAGGAAGACUAUGAAA